GAAACUCGCCCGCCAAAACAGAAGCGCGCGCCAAAACCAAACAAACCUACAGCAAAAAACGAUCCUGCGAAAAAAAGAAGAGGAAACCGGAAACGCAAUCGCCUUCGAUCCGAUCCAUGGACGCGGCGAUGGAGGACGCGGAGGGGGCGCAACCCGAGAUGGAAUGGGACGGCGGCGGCGGCGGGGCCGACGCGGUGCUUGGCCUCGCCGGCGACGGCGCCUCGCUGUCGGUGUGCUACCACCAGGCGUUCGGUCCCCACAACGACGUCAUCCUCCUCGAGGCCGCCGACGAGCUCCUCCCCGACCUCCUGCAAGGCCGGGUGACAGUACGGGGACGCCCCGAGGAAGAAGCUGUUCUCUGCACACCUUCAGCGACUUAUGCUAUGAAGUUUGUGGGCACAUCCAACUCCAUGUUCCUAAUACCGCCCGGGGAACCAGCUGCACCGAGCUUAAGACCUGACCAUACCAACGAGGAUACUAGUGUCGCCACUGACGCGGUUGCUUCUAUCAUCAAAGUGGCACCAGGGAGCAUUGAAUUAGUCCGAGCGGCUCCACGGCUCGACAAGCUAAGGAGUCUUCUUGGGGAGAGGCCUUAUGUGCUUGAUGAGGAUCUUGGAGACGACUUCCAACAUAAGAAGGGGCUAUACACGUGGCAGGACCUCUGUGAGCUUGUUCAGGCCAGCGACGGUGAGCUGUUGGACGGGCUGAGUUCUCUCUUGGCUGUUGAGAUUGAUGGGUUCUGGAGGACGGUAGAUGCCAAUUCCGUGAACACUGUUUUGGACAUGAUUCUGCACAACUCUGUGUUGCAUGAUUGGCUCUUAAAUGCUCUGCCAGAAACUAAUGUGCUAUCUGUCAUGGAAUCUGAUGGCUUUGCACCUAAGAUCGUAACCCACUGCCUCAGCAGAUUCGGCAUGAAGGCUGAGCAGGAAGGGAGAAGUUGUUGGAGCCUUGACGAGAGACUGGUCUGCUUGCAAUUCGCCCGGAGAGCGCUUGGUGCGGGAAAGAUGAAGCUCAACAACUUCGUGGACAAAUGGGAGCGAAGCAUUCCGUCAGGAAUGCGUGCGGAUCUUGAGAUGCUUGAAGGGGAAGUGCUGUACGAAAAGCUUGGGGUUGAGACCUGGGUGCAUGCUUUCAGUGUUGCUGAUCUGCCACUGACACCGGGUGAGAGAUUUGCAGCGCUAUUCCGGGAGCGACCAAGGUGGGAAUGGAAAGACCUGCAGCCCUACAUCAGGGACUUGAGCAUACCUGGUGUGUCUUCAGAAGGAUUGCUUAUCAAGUAUGCCAGAAGAACACAACCAAGCGCUGAUUCCGAGCCUAUUUUCACUGCUAGAUAAUCAUCUCAUCCUGCUACAUCCAUGUUUCGAUUCUGGCCCAUGCUGCUGCUGGUAGACCGGUGGUGUUGCUGUACCCGAGACAUGCUUUUAAUCAGGAUAUUGUGACAACAGAAGAUUGCUGCGACUGCGCUUACGUCAUGCUCCAUAUAGGCGACGACACAAAGGAUUUUUUUUUUCUUGUGCCAUAAGGAGUGUCUGAUCCUGCAUCUGGUGCAGACAAUUAAGUAACCUGAAUUUGUUUUCCAGUUUUGAUUGGAGACACAAUGUCUGAACCUGGGUGCACACUUGUCGUACAUUUAUAACAUUAUCCUGAAUUGUAACAUUCAGGAUUUAGUCCUAGCUAGUCAUGAUUUCAGAUGCA